CAAAAUUAUCACUGGGGAUUUUAAACUACCCCCACGUGACUUUAAAUAUAUUUACAAACACAUCACUGAAAAUAACACCAUUCAUUUAGAUAUCAACACUAGCCAUGACGGACGGUCAGGAUCUAUACAAGUUGAUGAACCUGUAGGGUGAUAUAGUCACAAAACUGGUGGAAGGAACCAUGGACAAAGUUAAAGUUAACCCCGGGAUGGAGGUGGUUAGGACCUUGGUAUACCUACUGGUGAUAUUUAUGUGUACAGCACCAACCCAUUCGUCGGAGCUCUAUCGAUGCCCGUCUGGUUUGACUGGUACAAUGUACACCAACAAUGGUCAGUGUUACCAGUAUGUUGAUUCACCAGUCACGUGGGAUGUAGCUAGCGCGGUCUGCUCCUCUAGCAAUGGCGGCCAUCUUGCUGUGAUAUUGGAUCAGUCGACGAUGAAUUUCAUCAUGUCCUCUGUUGCCUUUUCAAGCACCACGUACCAGGUUUGGAUAGGUUUCACCGACAAGGACACAGAACAGCAAUGGAAAUGGGUCACAGGUGAGGCAUGGGCUUAUGACAACUGGGAUUCGGCCAAUGGCUACCCUGAAUAUUGUUUCGGCGUUGACAAGUUCUGUCCCGAGGACUGUGCCUAUUUUCGGACACAUGACGGAAAAUGGCGAGAGGGACACUGCAAUAGUGCGCAGGUGAAAUAUCAAUACAUCUGCCAGUACGCUAUGGGACCUACAACAACAUCGACAACGACUACACCGGCACCGACGACCACCACCACGACACCGACAACCACAACAACUCCAACAACGACAACCACCACGACACCGACAACCACAACAACAACGCCGACAACCACAACAACAACGCCGACAACCACAACAACAACGCCGACAACCACAACAACAACGCCGACAACCACAACAACAACGCCGACAACCACAACAACAACGCCGACAACCACAACAACAACGCCGACAACCACAACAACAACGCCGACAACCACAACAACAACGCCGACA